AUGGCUCCAUCCAAGAAAGUUGCUCCAGCCCCUUUGGCUGCUAAGUCUUCCAAGUCCUCCAAGGCUAAGAACCCAUUGACCCACUCUACCCCAAGAAGCUUCGGUAUCGGUCAAGCUAUCCAACCAAAGAGAAACUUGUCCAGAUACGUGAAAUGGCCAGAGUACGUCAGAUUGCAGAGACAAAAGAAGGUCUUGUCGAUCAGACUAAAGGUUCCUCCAGCUAUCACUCAGUUCCAAUACGCGUUGGACAGAAACACUGCUGCUGAGACCUUCAAGUUGUUUAACAAGUACAGACCAGAGACCGCUGUUGAGAAGAAGGAAAGAUUGACCAAGGAGGCCGCUGCCAUCGCUGAGGGUAAGACCAGACAAGAAGCUUCUCCAAAGCCCUACGUUGUCAAGUUCGGUUUGAACCACGUUGUCUCUUUGAUCGAGAACAAGAAGGCUAAGUUGGUUUUGAUUGCCAACGACGUCGACCCAAUUGAGUUGGUCGUUUUCUUGCCAGCUUUGUGUAAGAAGAUGGGUGUCCCAUACGCCAUUGUGAAGGGCAAGGCCAGAUUGGGUACUUUGGUCAACCAAAAGACCUCUGCUGUUGCUGCUUUGACUGAGGUCAGAGAGGAAGACGAGGCCGCUUUGGCCAAGCUUGUCUCUACCGUCAACGCCAACUACUUGGAGAAGUACGAAGAUGUCAAGAAGCACUGGGGUGGUGGUAUCGUUGGUUCCAAGGCUCAACACAAGAGAGACCAGAUCUCCAAGGCGACUGAGGGUGCUUAA